CGCUGUUCUCUCCUUCGCCAUCAUUGCAAACGUGGCGAACUGAAGGAAUAAAGUAGGAAAGACAGUAGCAGUAUGGAAAAUAUCUAACCUGAAGUACGGAUUUCUCAACUGAAAAGGAACCACAUUAUUUCAAUCAAAAUCCAUCCUCUUUGUGAAAAUGGUGCUCUUGGCUGCAGCAAUUUGUACCAAAAAUGGCAAAGCCCUUAUCUCAAGGCAGUUUGUUGAGAUGACAAAGUCCCGCAUUGAAGGACUUCUGUCAGCUUUCCCAAAGUUGAUGAAUACAGGAAAGCAGCACACAUUUGUUGAGACAGAAAGCGUUAGAUAUGUGUACCAACCAUUAGACAAGUUGUUCAUGCUCUUGAUUACAACUAAAGCAAGUAAUAUUUUGGAGGACUUAGAAACACUUAGACUUUUUUCAAGGGUGGUUCCAGAAUACUGUAAAAUUUUGGAAGAGACAGAGAUCUUAGAGAACUCCUUUCAAUUACUAUUUGCAUUUGAUGAGAUAGUUGCCCUUGGGUAUCGUGAAAAUGUCAACCUUGCACAGAUUAGGACAUUUAUUGAGAUGGACAGCCAUGAGGAAAGAGUCAUAAAUGCAGUCAGAAGGACACAAGAAAUAGAAGUGAAAGAACAAAUGAAAAGGAAGGCAAAAGAGCUGCAAAGAGCUGCAGCAGGCAGAGGAAAAACCAGUACACUUCUUAGUGGAUUUGGUAGCAUGUCAUCUUCAAUGUCUAGAAAUGAACCAAGCAAUCCUGUUGUUGGUGAUACUGCUAUUUCCGAACCUUCUCCACCAAAGCCUUCAUACCCAACAAGACCAACGGGAAGUGGAAAAGCCCUAAAGCUUGGAGGAAAAGGGAAAGAUGUUGACUCAUUUGUCGACAAGCUCCGGCAAGAAGGAACAGAGGUCAUCACCCAAGCAUCUUCAAGACAACCAACAAAAGCACCCACUCCAUCUGUACCCAUGUCAAGUGUUCAUAUUAAAGUAGAUGAGAAAAUCACGUUAUCUGCUGGUCGCCAUGGAGGGCUACAAAACAUGGAAGUCAGGGGAAUGGUGUUGCUGAGAAUAUCUGACCCUGCUAUGACAAAGCUUUGCCUAAAGGUUGAUAACAUUGAUGAUAGGGGUUUCCAAAUGCAGACGCAUCCAAACAUAGAUAAAAAACUUUUCAGCCAGAACUCUGUCAUAGGACUUAAACAAAGUGGGAAGGGCUUCCCCCUCAAUAACGAAAUUGGCGUGGUGAAGUGGCGGUUGCAGACAAAAGACGAAAACAUGAUACCGUUAACGAUUAACUGUUGGCCCAAUGAAAACGAUGGACAAUGCGAAGUUACAAUUGAAUAUGAAUUGAAUCUCGAGGACCUGGAACUGAAUGACGUCACGAUUCAAAUACCUGUACCAUCCGGCGUUGGUGCACCUGUAGUCGGUGAGGUGACAGGAGACUAUUAUUAUGAUCAAAAGAAGUCAAUGCUUGAUUGGCAGUUGCCUGUUAUUGAUGCAUCGAAUUCUCAAGGGAGUUUAGAGUUCUCAAUGGCCGGUCACCCUGAUGAUUUCUAUCCUAUAAAUGUUUCGUUUUAUUCACAGAAAACCAUCUGCAAGUUACAGGUUUUAGAUAUACUGAAUUCCGAGUCAAAGACAGCUGUUAAAUAUUCUCAUGAAAAAGCAUUGACUGUCGAGAAAUAUGAAGUGGUUUGAGGAUCAGACAUUUUAUAUUCAGUUGAUUCAUUGAACUCAAUUAAUGAACUAGGCCCACUGAAAGAGUUAACAAUUUAUUUGAAUUAUUGUCUUGCAGUCAUUAUCGUAAAGGUUCAUAGCCUUGAUAAUGAGUUACAGCCAAACCAACAUAUUUUUCAAAUAACAUUUAUCUCAAUAAUUGCGAGUUUUUUAAAUGCCCUAUUUAUAGAGCCCUAAAAAGAUAGAACCGAAAAUCACACUUAAUAAUUUACAAGUAAGGUCGCCGUUAUCGUUAUUUUAUCAAGUGACUGAAAUGGGUUCCGCUCAAGGGAUGAAAUACUGUUGACCCUUUAAUAUAUCAUAGUCUACAGGUCAUAAGUCAGAGGUCAGAGGUCACGCUUUGGGUUUGUUGUAUUCUUCCCUAUUCAAACAACUGCUCGGGUUCCGUUUAGAACAUUCUUUGGAUGUAUUACUAUGCCCAAAUAGUUCCCCUUUGACCCCAAUUUUCGUAGAUUCAGCUUAGUUGCUUGUAGAUCAGAGUUAAAUACCAUAUUCUUUCUUCAUAAGGUAAUCAGAAUUGAAA